UUCACGUUGCUGCUUCAGACAGGCACUAUAGUCAAACAGAGUACAGAGAAGGGUUGGAAACAGUCAGAGAACUAGUUUGUGCUACAACAUUAUUAUAUAAUAUGAUCUUUUCUGUCAUGGAGUCAACGGAGAAGCAUCAGCGUUCCCUAUCAUUUACAUGCGGUGUCCUUGUGUUGUUUCUUCAGCUGCAGUUGGGUUUGACGGGAGACUGCCCUGCAGAUGGACGCACCUGGGUGCCAUUUGGAGACGGGUGUUACCACUUUGUCCACGGAGCAGAAGACAAAAUCAAAAGCUACACUUUUGAUAGAGCAAAAACUCUCUGCCAAGGGUUUGAGCUUUUGACCAUCCAGAGUGCUGAGGAGAAUGACUUUGUCUUUAAAUAUAGCCCAGAGGUCUGGAAAAACAAUGUCAACAUUUGGCUGGGGAUGUAUUAUGACACAAACAGUGACAACAUGAAGUGGUUUGGUGAGAAACCUGUAGGAUUCAGUAACUGGGAGGACAGCUCUUCCCCAUCAGACCUUAUGCCCUUGGAUACAUGUGUGGCCCUGCACACCAACACAGGAAAAUGGGAAAAUGUCAGCUGCCUGGAACAGGCAGAGAAUGGAGUGGUCUGCGAAACAGAUCAAAAGGCAGAGAAAGUCAAGCAGAAACCCAGUGCGCUGCUGUCUGCUCUGGUCAUUCUCAGCGUGGUGGCCAUCAUGGGAGUCUCCGCAGUUAUUUGGUUCCUUCACCAGAAGCGCAAUCUAGGUACCUCUAUCUUCACGCCCUUUGAAUACCACCCUCCGUUCCGAGUCCUGGACUCAGACCGGUCCUGUCUGGUGGAGGAGAAUGACAACGUGCCAUAGGAGAACUUACUCUCUGUUUCACAAAAGGAAGCACCUACCUAAUAGGUCAUUUCUAGGUUUGGCCACAAGGUGGGACAGUGAUUCACAAGUCCCACUCCUGACAUUGCUGUGAAGGGAUUCUCUUUAAUGAGGUCCAGAAUCAUUGAAUACAUUUGUUUUGGUAUGUUUGUGCAAGGAGUUUUGUUGAACAUUAAUUUAUCGGAACACUAAAAUAAACAUCUGUUCAUUUAUAGACCAUAAAUAUAUUUAUAAUGGGAAGUAAUUAUAAUAGAUGUAAUACAAGAUCUGAUGUUAUAGUUAUAGAAGGCUUAUCUUUUCUCCAGGCUGAGGUGAAAGUCCUUUUGAUGAUUAAGAAAGUCUUAAAUCUUGCUGUGGUGGCAAAUAAUUAACAUGGUAUGCAAGACGAAGGUCUAAAACUGCAGAAGUGUGGUAGAAUGGAGAUAUUAAACUAUUGCUUCUAAAAAGUAUUCCACAAAAAACAGCUAUUUAAAAACAUGUUUAAAAAGAUGAUUGCGUGAAUAGACCUUGAGGAAUCAUUUCCUUCUUUAGAUGUCAACAAAAGCCUUAACAUCCUAUAUCUAAAUAUGUGAACAAAAGCCUGAUCAAAUAUCGGACCCUGCUGUCAUUCUGGAAUUGAUUGACAGGUCUCAAUAUAAUCUGUCUUUAGGGUUGUUGUUGUUUAUUUAUUAUAAAUAUGAUUGUAUACAGUCAUUUUAAAAGCUAUUGUAAAAUGGGCAUACAAUAAUCAAUAAUGGUGGUUGAGGAACACUAAUGUAACUGAAAUAUUCAUCACUCCAACAUACAUUACAUCCAUUAUGUAUUAACUCAAAUCCACAUAGUUUAAAAAUAACUUAAUUAUACAGUUUUCAUCAAAACUCAAAUUUAGCAGAUUUUUAAAGGCCAAAGAGUGAUUCACACUCAUUACUCCAACAGAGUAUCAUGUAUUAGAGAUUCCAUAGCAGAUGCUGUGAGCUUUUGAAUGGCACGCUGUAUGACACAUUUGGAAAGCUUGGAGUGGGAUUGCAGUAUACAUAUUCUAGUCUGGUCUCUGAAUUUCUGCCCUCAUCUCACAUUCUAUUUUAGCAAUUCAAAUAGAAUUAGUUAAGAAUGAAUAAUGACAUGAAAACAAAAUGGCAAAUGAAUCUGAUUAUCAGGCUGAGCAAGGUCUGCUGAACCUACGCAGAUUUGUAAUUUGUUAUAAUGCUUCGGAAAAGAGUGUUUGUCAGCUACAACAGAGAAAAUGUGUAUUAUGCAAAAGGGUGGGUUUAUUAAAUGUGUUUUCAUGCACGGGCAUAAUUAUGAUAAUUAAUUGUAAUGCUAAUAUACUGAAAUGCCUCAUUAGAUUUUUUGAGAAAUAAUGGGUUUGAAUUUAAUUUGGGAUGAACCUUUUUAGGCAUAACCUUUUAUUUUUUGCAAGCGGAUUGUAACUAAAGUAAUUAAUGCUGUAACAUCGCUAAAACCAUCUUUUCCGUGAACUGGGCUGUAUGCAUUUUAUAACCAUAGAGGGGCUGUUGUCUCAUCACAAUGGCUCUAAUGGUCCAUUUUAACUCACAGAACAGCACGUGAUUUCAUUCACACAUCUGUCACACCGCUGCUUAAAGCAGGGAGAGGUCUACAUUGACCCAGAAUGACUAAUUAAAUGGACAUUGGUAUGCAUGAAUAAGAUAUGACAUACAGUAGCACGACUGAUGGAAUGAAAUGAGAGGCACACUGGAUAUGAACAAGUGUACCAAGCUGUGGAAUAGCUAUGUGUCAA